GUCAGCUGGAUAUCCAAGUAAAUAGUCCUGGGACAGUUGUAGUCUAACUACUAGCUUUCCGGGGAUUUGGGAUGGUUUUAAAUCUUUCACUAUGUCUGAAAUGCUACUGAAAGAUAUGGAUGAGAUUAGUCUCGGGCCUGUUAAGAUGGACGAGGAGAAGGAAAAUGGACGGAGUUUUCUCCUGGUUGACGAAAACGAAAGCUUGCAGGUGAAGAACGAAGGCGAUUUUUUGCAGAAGUUGGGCUGCAGUGCUGCUCAAGGAGUUAAAGUGCUUUCCAUCUUUGGCAACACGGGCGACGGCAAGUCCCACACUCUCAAUCACGUGCUUUUCGAUGGCGAGGAGGUAUUUGCCACGUCUCCUUCUCCAUCCUCAUGCACGGUGGGCGUUUGGGCGGCUUACGAUCCGCUCCUGAGCUUGAUCGUGCUGGAUACAGAGGGCCUGCUUGGUGCCGCCAGUCAGCAGAACCGGCGGAUGCGUUUGCUGCUGAAGGUUCUGGCCGUAUCAGACAUGGUUGUUUACCGCACACGGGCAGAGAGGCUGCACAACGACAUGUUUCAGUUCCUCGGCAGUGCGUCGGCCGCUUACCUGAAGCACUUUACACCUGAGCUCCGUGCUCUGUCUAACCGCUGCGGGCUGGACGUGCCUCUCUCCAGCCUGGGACCUGCCGUUAUAGUUUUCCAGGAGACUUCUCGCACUCAGCUGCUAGGCCAGGAUGUCUCUGUCCUGGGGCAAGCAGACACGCUGCUGCAAAAGCGCUUCCAUGACUUGGGCCAGAGCACAGACGCCUUCAGCUCCGUUCAGUACGUGGGCACCCAAACCAUCACUCCCCCCACAGACUACUCACAGUUACUGCAGAUAGUCAAUCAGCAAGUGAAGAACACAUCCCAGCGAGCCCCGCGCCAGCCUGCCAUUGUGUUCAGUGCAUUACAGGCCUUGAGCGACAGGUUCUGUGGCGAGAUCUCCGAUGACAAAAUCAGCAUAUGCUCCUUCUUUCCUGAUGAAUAUUUCACUUGCCCAUCAGUCUGUCUCAGCUGCAACGUUCGGUGUAAAAACGGCAUGAACCACCAGAAAGACGCGGUCCCACACGUGGCUGAUGGAUUAUGUCAGUAUGCCCACCAAUACAACAAUAAAGUUCUCAUCUGCAAGAGGUGCUAUGAGGGCGGAAAGGAAGUGAUUGUCAUACCCAAAACAACUGCCUCUACAGAUAACCAAUGGCUUGGUCUGGCCAAGUAUGCAUGGUCAGGCUAUGUUUUAGAGUGUGCCAGCUGUGGCAUCAUCUACCGGAGUCGGCAGUACUGGAUGGGCAACCAGGAUCCAGAGAGCGGUGUUGUGCGGCCAGAGGUCAAGCAUGUCUGGCAGGGGACCGAUGCCUUCCAGACAGACCAUCAGAAUGCAGCUCAGCGGGUUUUGGAUGGAAUGAAUUACAUAAUCCAGUCAGUGUCAGAAUAUAGCUCAGGCCCAACCAAAGCUGUCACUGCCUGGCUCACAGACCAAGUGGCUCCGCCCUACUGGAAACCCAACGCUGAAAUCAGUGAAUGUCAUGGUUGUAAGAGAGCGUUUGAGGAGGCGGAGAGGAAACACCACUGUCGGGCAUGUGGGGAGGGUUUCUGUCAGGCCUGCUCCACUCACAGCAUGCCAGUUCCCGAGAGAGGCUGGGGCGGCACCCCUGUACGAGUGUGUGACGCCUGUUACCGGCAGGGAGGACCUCAGAACACUGGACAGGUGGCCAGUACGGAACCCCGGAUACUAGUUGCCCGCAGAGUGACGGAAGUAGCUCAGUCCACUCUCGACAUGGUCUCCACCGCUGUGGACUACCCUCUCUGUUUUGUAAAGGGAGUUGCGAGACCAGACUAUUGGAUCCCGGAUCAUGAGAUCAGCCAGUGCCACUGCUGUGCUAAACCCUUCAUCCCCAGCAUGUCCAAGCACCACUGCAGGGCAUGCGGGCAGGGAGUGUGCGGGAACUGCUCCAGUAAGACCAGGCCAGUGCCCUCUCGUGGCUGGGACCACCCAGUGCGAGUGUGUGACGGCUGCGCUGACCGCAGGGAUUCCCUGUGACCUUGCUGUGCCUCUGUAGUGCUACUAUAAUACGCCCGGCAUCUCUUGGUGCUCAGAACCAGGUUGUAGGCAGUUUUUCAAGCCUUCAUGGAUGGGGGAAAUAAGAAACUCACUGCAGUUCUGCAUAGACAAACACUCAGGCUCUAUAAAGCAUUAGCUGCAGAAAUAGAGAGUGAUGAUGUCUGGGUUCAAUUUAAAAGAGUUAACUAAGAAAUGUCGCAUAAUGAAAAUAAUUUGUAGAAAUAUCAAGGUUCAUUAUAUGACAGUUAAGCAUAUUUUAUCCACAAAUGCUCAUUACUGUAAUACAAAAAAA